ACAGACAGCAUCACCCAUCCAUGGGCAUUUGAGAAGAACUUAACUUGCUGUUGGAUGUCACAUACCAAUAAUCUGAUGUAGACAGAAAGCUAUAAAAGUGCGAACACAUGUCCGCGCUCAGACCAUGAAGGCGUGCGCUCCAUCGAGGACCAUGAUAUGAUAACAGACCUUUAUUUUACGCACGUUUACGCAAACGAAUUAACAGCCACACGUGUUUUUUUCCCAAUGGAAUCAAAUCCUAUGAUUUAUGGCGAGGAUCGUUGAAGUGAAGAUAAAAUGAAAAUAAAUGGCAGUCGCUUGAUGAACAGUUCUUCACUGAGCCCUCACGAGAUCACUCUGAAUCGCCCACCCUGGGUCGCCACAACUUUGGGCAGCUUUCUGAUCUUCACUAUCGUGGUUGAUAUAUUGGGGAACCUCUUGGUGAUCUUCUCUGUGUACAGAAACAAGAAACUUCGUAACGCAGGGAACAUAUUUGUGGUGAGCCUGGCAGUAGCUGACCUGGUAGUAGCUGUCUAUCCUUAUCCUCUCGUGUUGGUCUCCAUUGUCCAUAAUGGAUGGAAUUUGGGAUUCGUCCACUGCCAGAUCAGUGGAUUCCUGAUGGGACUGAGCGUAAUUGGAUCUAUAUUUAACAUCACCGGCAUUGCAAUCAAUCGCUACUGCUAUAUCUGUCACAGCCUCAAGUAUGACAAGCUAUACAGCGACAAGAAUUCGCUUUGCUACAUCCUUCUCAUCUGGAUACUGACCGUGGUCGCUAUAGUGCCAAACUUUUUCGUUGGCUCCCUGCAAUAUGACCCCAGGGUCUACUCAUGUACGUUUGCGCAGUCUGCAAGCUCGGCGUACACCAUUGCCGUUGUCUUCUUCCACUUCAUCCUUCCAAUCAUGAUUGUGACGUACUGCUACCUGCGGAUCUGGAUCUUGGUGAUCCAGGUGAGGAGACGCGUCAAACCUGAGUUCCGGCCCAAACUCACGCCGCACGACAUAAGGAACUUCGUCACCAUGUUUGUGGUGUUCGUUCUUUUUGCCAUCUGCUGGGCCCCUCUUAAUUUCAUCGGCCUGGCAGUCGCUAUAGACCCCGGGCGGGUAGCGCCUCUCAUCCCAGAGUGGUUUUUUGUAUCCAGUUAUUUUAUGGCCUAUUUCAACAGUUGCCUUAAUGCAAUAGUCUAUGGAGUGCUGAAUCAAAACUUCAGAAGAGAGUACAAAAAAAUUAUCAUCUCACUCUGUACUGCGAGGAUGUCAUUCCAAGAGAGUUCAAAUGAUGUUGCGGAUCGGAUCAAAAGCAAGCCAUCUCCUUUAAUGACAAACAACAACCAAGUCAAAGUAGAUUCGGUAUGAAAACACCUGAAAGGACACUGUG